UUAUUCUACAGCUAUAUAAAGGAACCCUCGAAUACGAGUAGUUGCCAAUGUCACAGUUAAGGCAAGAAUCAUGAAGAUUCUUUUCCUAAGUGUUUUGCUGCUCUUCUGCAGCGGGGAAGGUUCCAUAGAGUGCAAAGAGCAAGGAUCAAUGUUGUCGGAUGGCACCAUUAACCCUGACGCAUUAAAUCUGCACUUAGCCUUCCCAGAAACUUUGGCGGAAACUAAAAAGCAAUUACCCAAGUAUGUGACCUUCUACUUGUACACGAGAUCGAACCCAACUAAUCCUCAGACGUUGCACGUCGACGACGUUAACACUUUGAGGAGCAGCUUCUUCGAUUCGCGCAGACCAACCGUAAUCGUCACACACGGAUGGGUUAGCUCUUACACGAGCUUAGCAUGCACCACGGUUCGCGAUGCUUACCUCCAACAUGGCGACUACAACGUCAUAUCGGUGGACUGGAGUCCAAUAGCGAAAAACGAAUAUAUUUGGGCCACAAGGCGAGUCACAAUGAUCGGCCAGUAUAUCAGCAGCAUGAUCAAUUUCCUGGAGACACAAGGAAUGAAUGUAUCUACGUUAACCGUGGUUGGACACUCUCUUGGCGCUCAUAUUGCCGGACUAGCAGCCCGUAACGCAAACGGCACAGUGUUAUACGUUGUCGGAUUGGAUCCUGCUCGUCCGAAUUUCAGUAGUGCUGGCCUAGACACCAGGAUUGGCCGCGGAGAUGGACGAUAUGUACUGAUUAUUCACACGUGUAGUGGUAUACUUGGUUUCGAAGCUGCGAUCGGUGACAGUGAUUUCUAUCCGAACGGUGGUACCGUGCAACCGUCUUGCGGUGCAAAUCUCUCGUGUUCCCAUGAACGAUCGUACCGUUUCUUCGCGGAAUCCAUCAACAGUAGGACAGGAUUCUGGGCAAAACGCUGCAACAACUACGUUAACUUCAUAGAAGGCAACUGCAACUCUGAACCCCCUGUACUUAUGGGCGGCGCCACACCGAAUUUCAACGCCAAAGGAGUAUACUAUUUGAAGACUGCUAGCAAGUCUCCGUAUGCUCUGGGAGCUUAACAUAGCUACGAUCUAUGACUUAACGACUUGGUCAUAAGAUCCUAUAUUGUAAUAGCACGUCUUCCGGUACACAUCUUGCCUAAGGAUACAACAAUCGAGACCAUGGUUUGGGUAUUUGAAACGAAAAAUAAUGCACUCAAUACACUGUAUUAGCAAAUAGAAACAAUUGGCAGUAUAUGCGCUCUGUGAUAUACGAUUUAUAGAUGUAAUAUACGUGUUUUGUAACUAGAAUUUUUAUCCCUAUAAUUAUUUUCUUCUUGAGAUUUC